AUGGCCAUCAUCCAUAUACACGAACAACUCAAAACUAUGAGAAAUGAAGAUACAAAAAUAAUUACACUAUAUCGUGGUCAAAAGAUUGGAAAUGAAGAAAUAGAAAAACUACGCCGCAAUAUUAAUGGACUUAUAUCGUUCAAUUCGUUUUUGUCGACAUCAAGUGAUAAAGAAGUAGCUCACAUGUUUGGCUCUUGCGAAGGAAAUGAAGAAACCAAUGGUCAGACGUCAGUAGUUUUUGAAAUGAAGACUGCAUGCAAUUUAUUUAGCAAUAUCUCAGAAGUGGCUGAACAUCCUGACGAACAAGAAUAUUUGUUUCUAGUUGGAACUACUUUCAAAAUUGUCUCAGUUAAAAAGAUUGAAAGAGAUCGAAAGAAUUACUGGUAUGUGCAAUUAAUUGACACUACCGAUGAUGAUCUCAAUGAUUUGAAAGCAAUAAAACAACAACUUCUAGAAAGACUCGCAAUUAGUAAAGGCCCAUUCAAGUUAACAUGGGGUCGCUUUUUAUAUAAUGUUGGUGAAUAUGACACAGCAGCAAAUCAUUAUGAAAAAUGGUUGAAAGAUUUAGAGAAUAUUGAUGAUAAUGAACUUUUAGCAACUAUUCAUAAUGAUCUAGGAGCUAUAUAUUACCAUAAGAAAGCAUACGCUAAAUCAAACGAACAUCAUUCAUCAGCAUUCGCUCAAGCUCAAACAGCACCUUUUCCACUCUGUCACAGUGUCUUUUACGAUAAUCAAGGUGGUACUCGAAUGAAGUUAAACGAAUAUGCAAAAGCAUUCGAUGACUUUCGACGUGCAUUAGGCAUUGAACAGCGACGAAGACCGAUAAAUGAGCUAAAUAUCGGCCGUAUACUCUCAAAUAUGGGUACUAUUUGUUAUCAUCGACGUCAAUAUCGAAUGGCACUCCGCUAUUUUCAGCAAGCAUUCGAACGACAGCGACGGAUAUCAUUGGUGAAAUCUGAUGAAUUGGCUGUAACAUGUAACAAUCUUGGUAAUACCUAUAUAAAACUAAAGGAGUUUAUUCAAGCUGAAAAAUUCUAUUCGGAAGCAUACAAGAUCGCGCGUAGAUUAUUACCCGAAGGACAUGAAAAAGUGAAAUCAUUUGAAAAUAAUUGGAAUGAAUCGCUUAAAAGACUUGAGAAUAUGAAUGCCAAUACCAACAAAAAGGUACCUGUCAAAGUAUUGAACCCUACCGAACGUCGAAACAGUAAUAUCAGUAUUUCUCAAAUAGAAAUCGUAACAUAA